AUGGGCUCCGACGGCGCCCACAGCCCGCCGGCCUACCCCUACGAUGCCGAAAAAAUUACCGGCGCCCACAAAGCUGCUGGCGCCGAGUCCAAGCCAGUCUCCGAUGUCAAUGCCGGCCGCCUGUCCAUUGACAGCGGCAAGGUCGACCAAACCCACCGUCUGCUCAAGUCGCGACACAUUCAGCUGAUUGGCAUUGGCGGCAGCAUCGGCACCGUUCUCUAUGUUCAAAUCGGUCAGGGCCUUCUCCAUGGCGGCCCCGGUAGUCUCUUCAUCGCCUUUAGCUUCUGGUGCACCGUCGUGCUCGCUGUCACCCUGUGCAUGGCGGAAAUGGUCACCUACCUUCCCAUCUCGUCGCCCUUUGUUCGCUUCGCCGGCCGCUACGUCGACGAGGCCUUUGGAUUCGCCAUUGGCUGGAAUUUCUUCGUCUUCCAGGCCGCGCUCGUGCCCUUUGAAGUGACAGCCUGCAACCUCAUCAUCAAUUUCUGGACCAAGGCGAUACCCACGGGCGCAAUGAUUGCCAUCAUCAUUGUGCUGUACGCCGCAAUCAACGUCAUUGCUGUCAAGUGGUAUGGCGAAACCGAAUUCUGGGCUGCGCUCGGCAAGGUGCUGCUCAUUGUCGGUCUCGUGCUUUUUACCUUUAUUGUCAUGGUCGGCGGCAACCCCCAGCAUGAUCGCUUUGGUUUCCGCUACUGGUCGAAUCCCGGCUCCUUUGCUGAGCUGUAUGGCUACACGGGUGGACUCGGUCGAUGGAUUGGCUUUCUGCAGUGCCUGAUCCAGGCUGCCUUUACCAUUGCCGGCCCCGACUACGUCUCCAUGGCCGCUGGUGAGGCAGAAAACCCCCGCAAAGUCAUGCCCCGCGCCUUUAACGCCGUCUUUUACCGCCUGACGGCUUUCUUCAUUCUCGGUUCUCUGUGCGUUGGCAUUCUCGUCCCGUACAAUGACAAGAGUCUGAUUGAAGCGUAUGCCAACGGCGCGCCUGGUGCUGCUGCGUCCCCGUACGUUGUCGCCAUGAAGCGCCUCACCAUCCCGAUUCUUCCCCAUAUCGUCAACGCGACCGUCUUGACGGCUGCAUUCUCGGCCGGCAAUUCGUACGUCUACUGUGCAUCACGGUCACUCUACGGUCUGGCUCUCGAGGGCAAGGCACCGCGUCUGCUCACCACCUGCACCAAGACGGGUGUUCCCAUCUACUGCGUUGCUUCGGUGCUCGUCUUUGCGCUGCUGUCUUUUCUGCAGCUGGGCUCGGGCGCCUCGGUCGUCCUCAACUGGUUCGUGUCUCUCGUCACGGCGUCGCAGCUCAUCAAUUUCGGGGGUGUCUGCAUCUCGUACCUGUGCUUCCGCCGCGCCAUCCACGCGCAAGGCGUUGAUCCGGCUACGCUGCCGUACCGCGCCUGGUUUAUGCCCUACGCUGCGUACUAUGCGCUCUUCUGGACGCUCCUGAUGGCGUUGGUCGGUGGGUAUCCCGUGUUUCUGCCCGGUCGGUGGGACACGCCCAACUUUUUGUUCUCGUACAUGAUGGUGUUUGUGUUUCCCGCGCUGUACGUGGGAUACAAGGUGGUCAUGAAGACCAAAAUCCACAAGCCCGAGGAGGUCGACCUGAUUAAGGAUUUGGCCGAGAUUGAGGAGCACGAGGCCAACUAUGUGCCCAGACGAGCAGAGUCUCGUUUUGAGCGUAUCCUGGACGCGGUUUUCGGGUAA